CCCACUGAUUGCAGUGAGCCGUACACGAAUUAGGCCCUUUUCGUUUUUUUCUUUUCAUCUUAAUGCCCUGUUCAUGCGUUCAGACCUUUUAUCGGAACAUAUGCAUGUUUCUGAACGCACCGGCCGACCGGUUUCGUUCCUUUGCCUUUGAAUUGAAACGCCGCGCCGCGUUCGAAAUUUAAAUCAGUCUGCGUCGAGCUAUAGACGAGAGAGGGUGUGCGCUUAUUAUUUCUAAAUAUAAAAUAUGUUUACGAUUAACCAGUGUUUACUAAUAGUGUUUUUGUGACUGAGUUGAUUGAAUAUGACAUGAUAUACCAGUGAUAUUUAUUAUUUGUGAAUUAUAUACGAUGGCUCGGAUUUUUUGUGUGCUCCUGCUUGUGUGGCUGGUGUCCGCUGACCAGGAAGAGGGUGAAGGUGGCAAGUGCGAGAGGAUCAAGCUGCCACUAUGCCAGGAUUUGGGAUACAAUUGGACUGCCAUGCCCAACCUGAUGGGCCACAAGGAUCAGAAGGAAGCUGAGGAAGCGAUGAUGACUUUUGCGGGUAUCCUGUCUAGCGGGUGCUCUGUCCACGCGCGGUUCCUGCUGUGCUCGGCCUUCGCCCCGCUCUGCUCCGAGGAAGUGUCGGGCUCCGUGAGCGCGUGCAGAGCGCUCUGCGAAACUGUCGUCGACGACUGCAAGGACCAGCUGAAGCAGAUGCUGCCUUCAGUGGUGCUCGACUGCUCGGCGUUUCCCCUCCGAGCUGACCGCAGGCUGUGCAUGCGGCCGCCUAACGCCAGUGAAUCUGAACCCGAGCCGCCGCCGCCAUCGCGAUGGCCGUUCCAUGAUCAUGAAAUAAGAGAACACGGCUGCCCUCCAGCUCACACGCGGGCGCCCACCGGGGAGUGCUGGCCGGCUUGCGGACAACACGCCAGAUACAGUCAGAGCGACAAAAGAAAAGCAGAAAUAUGGAUGAACACGCUCGCCUGGUUCUCCCUGCUGUCCACAUCGUUCGCUCUACUGACAUUCUGCGCGGAGCCGUCGCGGUACAGAUACCCUGAGCGACCCGUCGUGUGGAUGGCGGCCUGCCACGCUAUCGUGGCUCUGGCCUACGUAACACGAGGCUGGCUGGGAUCCAAACUGGUCUCCUGCUCCGGGUCUACCCUCGCUGUCGACGGCUUAGCUUCGCCGACUUGUGUGGCCUUCUUCUCACUCACGUACUACUUCACACUGGCGGCGGACGCGUGGUUCGCCAACGCAUGUGUCGCGUGGUACCUGACUGCAGCGAGUGAGUGGUCCACUGAAGCGUUAGAGCGUGCCGCAGCGUACCUGCACGCGGUGUCGUGGGGCUGGGCGGGGGCCUGGACGGCGGCUGCCCUGGCGCUAAGACGGGUGACGGCUGAUGAGCUGACUGGAACCUGUGGAAUCUCUGACGCGGCGGCGGCGGCGCUAGUGGGCGUGCCGCGCGGCGCGCUGCUGGUGACGUCAGUGGCGCUGGCGCUGGGCGCGUGUCCCGGCAUCAUGCGCGUGCGGCGCGCGCUGGACUCGCGCGGGGCCAAGCGCGUGGGGCGGCUGGCGGCGCGCGCGGCCGCCGCCGGCUUGCUGUACUUCAUACUGGCUGCGCUGGGCACCGGGGCGCGGGUUUUAGAAGCGCGCAUGAGAGAGACUCAGAGUGGUUUAGGGUUAGUGGUGGCGUUAGACGCGGAGCGGGUGGAGGCGGGGUCGGGCGCGGGCGUGUGGGUGUGCGUGUCGCUGGCGGGCGGCGUGGCGGCGGGCGCGUGGGCCUGGUCGCGCAAGUCGGCGGCGGUGUGGCGGCGCGCGCUGUGUCCGCCGCGCAAGGCGGGCCCAGCGGCGCCGCCGCUGCUGCGCGCGCACCCGCCCUACUACAAGCGGCCGCUGCACGUGUCGCGCGUCUGACCCGCAGCGACCCGCGCGGUGGACUGGACCGUGUGGAGUGUGAAUAGUGCCUGAUUAUGCCUUCUGUGAAGGCGCUCUCGAUAUAUUUGUACAUUUUGUAAAUAAUGUAAAUUUUAUUAAUAUACUGUUGUUUUUUAUAUAAA